AUGCUCCGGCACGUCGGAACCCCAUGGCUAGCAGAGGUGGAAGCUGUAUGCAAGUAUGCUACGGCAGACACUGAAGCAAGGAAGCCUCGGGAGCAAAAGGACUCGAAAUCAACAUCCUCCGUCGUGCUGACGAAUUGUUUCAAAUCCCAAGGUGACUCUGAGGAUCUUGAUGGCUCAAGAUUCAAUACGUAA